AUGCACUUCUCACAAGCCAUCGCGACAGCACUACUUAGCGCAAUGCCGGUCAUUGCAGCGCCAGUGCCAACACCAAUGAGUAUGUCAUCAAAACAAAGCCAGAUGGUAUCGCCGGACCUGAUACGAGCAGCGCAAGCAAGCGAGCCUGUAGCAAUAAAGGAUGUAAAGUCGCACGACCUAACGUGUGGCAGGGGAGCGUCGGUGCAGCACCAAGACCACCCUGUCGCUAUAGACGCAGGCACGCAGCUGCAGAUGCAAUGGAGCGACGACUGGAAGCACUCCAUCGGACCUAUAAUGACAUACCUCGCUGCGUGCGUCGACAACGACUGUGCUCAGUCCGACGUAACUACACUCGAAUGGUUCAAGAUCGACCAGAAGGCUGCCGAUGCGAGUGGGGCUUGGUGGCAAAGCGAGUUGGAUACGCAGCGCAUAUACGUGCCUAUCCCUGCCGCCUUGCGUGAGGGCAAUUACAUAGUGCGUCAUGAAGUAAUCGUGCUCGAUCAGGACCCUGUGCUGUUCUUCCCGGCCUGCGCUGCGCUGAAUGUGCGCAACCAGAACCAAGUUGAGGUUGAGGGCGUAGAGACUUACCCAUCGUCAAACUUCACGGUGGAAAUACCAGGUGCUUACGGUGAAGACGACGAGGGGUUGCAGAGCGUGGAUGAGGCCUUUGACGCUCACAGUUACGUCUUCCCAGGUCCACCCGUCUGGCAGCCAGAUGUGGAUGGAUUGGUAGAGAGCGCAUCGAGCGAUGGGUUCUACGAGGCGGCUGAAAUGGAUGUAGAGAUGGCUGGCGAUGCUUAUCAGGUGCAGUUUUUAGCGCCAAAUAUCACAUCGAGCGUCGAGUUUGUCAGUAGCACCGCGACUACACUGAUGCCUACGAUGACAGUGGAAAGCGUGAGUAGCACGACAAGCAGCACUUCCACGGGUACAGCUACAGCUACACCAUCCCCCACUCCUUACCACGCGCAACUAUCACCGCUCCCAACAGAUAUAAAUCACGGUGAGAGCGGCGGUGAAGCGGAAGAUGGGCCAUCUUACGAUGACGGUAGCUGGAAUCCAACAAAGUAUGACUAA